AUGGAUGACCCCGGAAACUGGCCGUGGCUGGUCGCCCGGCUCGACCUCAACCAGGUAGGUACCCGGGCCGCCAUUCAACGACCACCCACUGCUGGGCUGAGCGUGUCUACGCUGGUGGCCAUGCCGCCGGCCGGCGAGACGCUCGAAUCUUUUCGACGACUCGGAGAUGACAACUCCGAUCCCCGCAUCAAUUCUACCCGAAAUGACUCCAGCGGUCAAGGAACCCUCAGCGCGACCGCCAACAGCAAGAGCCCAUCGCUGUCCAAGCUCGGCGGCACAUUCAUUCCCAUCAGCAUCAUCCUCGGAGUCACGGCGAUCCUAUUCCUAGCCCUGCGCCCCCGACUCAAGCGUGUGUAUGCACCGCGAACGAUUCGCGCCAUCCGAAGACCGUUAGAACCGAGCCCAGAGCUACCCAGCGGCAUUUUCAACUGGAUAGUGCCGUUUUUCAAGAUUCCCGACACCUUCAUUUUGAAUAAUGCCACCAUUGACGGCUUCUUCUUCCUGCGUUAUCUAAAGGUUCUGCGAAACAUUUGUUUCGUCGGUUGUUUGCUGACCUAUCCCAUCCUAUUUCCAAUCAACGCAACUGGCGGCAAUGGCAACUACCAGCUUGCCUUGCUGACGAUUGGCAAUGUCAAAGACCCCAACAAGCUCUACGCCCACCUCUUUGUUGCCUGGGCAUACUUUGGCUUUGUCCUCUUCACCAUUGUCAGGGAAUGCAUCUACUACGUCAACCUACGCCAGGCAUAUCUUUCUUCACCCCACUAUGCUCAGCGCAUCUCGUCAAAAACCAUGCUUGUUACCGGUCUGCCUCAGAAAUACCAGGAUGAAGCCCGCCUUCGAAAGCUAUACGGCGACUCAGCAAAGAGAAUAUAUAUUCCCCGAAGCAGCAAAGUGCUUGCCAAGCUUGUAAAGGAACGAGAACAGACGGCAAAGCGACUGGAGGAUGCCGAGGUCAAGUUGAUCAAGAUGACCAACGUUGCUCGCAACCAAUACUUGAAGAAGCACCCGAACCACCCUAUUAGCGAGCCACCACCAGAACGUAUCGAGAAACAGCAUGACGUCGACGUAGAGUCUGCGAGCUCAGAACGAGGAUUCGCAGCGACAUCUCACGAACUGACGAGAUUCCCGAGCGAGAAACUAGAAAUUGAUCUUCCUGGACCGACACUGCUCUCCAGCGACUCAACUGAGCACUUACAGCACCGCCACUCCGAUGAGACAAAAGUCGACGCCACAGAGAACAAGGAUGACCGUGUGACCACCGAGGAGGAUCCUGAUUAUGUGCAUCCGUACGGCUUGCACGACACGCUACCCGACCUGCGCGGCUCCGUGGCGUCCCUUUGGAUCCCUACCAAGAAGCGCCCUCACCAUCGCCCGAUUGGCAACUUUUUGCGCCGCGUGGACACGAUUCGCUGGACGCGCAACCGACUGCGCGAACUGAACCUGCUCAUCUUCAAGACGCGCCGUAUCGUGCGGCGAGGCGAAGCUGGCACCGUGUCUGCCGCCUUUAUCGAAUUUGACACACAGGAGAGUGCGCAGGCAGCGCAGCAGGUCCUCGCCCACCACCGCCCACUGCAAAUGUCGGUGAGGCUGCUGGGGAUCCGACCAGACGAGGUCAUCUGGAGCUCGCUUCGCAUGAAGUGGUGGGAGCUUAUCAUGCGACGCACAGGGGUCAUGGCGCUCGUGCUGGCUGCCAUUGUCUUUUGGUCGAUUCCGUCGGCCUUUGUUGGCUUGGUGUCUAAUGUGGACUCGCUCAUCAAGAUUGCGCCGUUCCUCAGUUGGAUACAUAAGCUUCCGAAGCUCAUCAUCGGCUUCAUCCAGGGCUUUCUGCCUGCCCUGGCGCUCUCGCUCCUCAUGGCGGUUGUGCCUUUUCUGCUGCGCUUCUGCGGACGCGUGUCUGGGCUCCCCUCGACUCACCGGGUCGAGCUCUUCACACAAAACGCCUACUUUGCAUUCCAGGUUGUUCAGGUCUUCUUGAUCACGACACUGACUUCUGCCGCUUCCGGUGCCAUUACGGAAAUCAUCAAGAAUCCACUAGGGGCCAAGGAUAUGUUGGCAAAGAGUUUGCCGUCAGCCUCCGAUUUCUAUCUGUCAUAUAUCUUGAUUCAGUGUGUUCUCAGCGGUUGCAAAGAUCUUUUGCAAGUCUGGCCGUUCCUCCGUCAUGUUGUCCUAGCGAAAAUAACCGAUAACCCUCGGAGUCGAUUCAGAGCCUGGAAAGAACUGACGACCCCCGGCUGGGGAGGCAUCUUUCCCGUGUACUCCAAUAUGGGGGUCAUUGCCCUGAGCUACUCCUGUAUUUCACCCCUAGUACUACUGUUUGCUGCAUUGGGGCUAUGGUUUAUUCAGAUUGUGUGGAAGUACAAGCUCAUCUACAUUCUGGACUCCACGCAUGACAGCAAGGGGCUCUUCUACCCGCAAGCUCUGCUGCAUCUGAUUGUUGGACUGUACUUGGCCGAAGUGUGCAUGAUUGGGUUGUUUGCGCUAAACAGUUCCUUUGCGCCUGUUGUUUUGAUGCUCAUCUUUUUGCUGUUCACUCUGCUUGUUCACAUGUCCGUCGGCGAUGCCAUUGCGCCGCUUUUGGUCAGUCUGCCGCAGACCAUGAAGCUCGAGGAACAAAUUCAAAUUGAAGAGACGCAAAAGGCGGCGGCUGCUGCCGCGAUCGCAGAAGAUACAUCAGAGGUAACUUCUGGUGCGGCAAAUAGCUACUACGAUGAGACGCAAACAUUUGGUGAAGCGAGAAUUGAGAGUGAUGAAGAGGAGGAGGAGGAGGAAGAAGAUGCAGAAGAGCAUGUGGUGACGGGCACUAGAGGAAUGGAAGGCGCAAGCAGCGUCCGCUCGACGGCGAUGGAAUGGUUCAAGGGGAGCACCAAGAAGAAGAUGAAGGACGAGCUUGAAUCACCAUUCUUCAAAUACUGGCUGGGCAAGAUUGGCAUCAACAUUGGUCCCGAAAAUGCCGACAAGCCGAGCUUCUUUCAACGCUUCCUCCACCCAGAGGAGUACGAAGACUUUAUCGCUCUGCGGAAGCUGAUUCCCGCCGACAGCAUACCCAACACUGUGUACGCGGAAAACAACAAAUACUGCAACUACACACCUCCGGACAUGUGGAAGCCCAAGCCAUCACUGUGGAUUCCACGAGACGAGGCCCGUGUCAGUCGGCAAGAGGUGGCGCACUCACGAAUCUACACACCCAUAUCAGAUCGAGGGGCAGAACUGGACAAGGAUGGACGGGUUAUUGUUUAUUUCGAACAGGCGCCUCACGAUGAGCCAAGCGUCCUGAUGUAG